UGAGAUCACAGCGAUGAAUCCUCAAGGUUACCCGAGUGCUUCGGUUCCACUGCAGGGGGUGCCGUAUGGACAGCCUCAAGCCUCAAUGGUUCAGUACACCACUGUGAACGUCAUCGAAGAGCCCCCAAAGGACCACAUCAUCUGGUCCAUCUUCAACUUUUUCUAUAUGAACCCUUUUUGCCUCGGACUGGCAGCUCUCAUCUACUCCGUCAAGGCCAGAGACCGGAAGAUGGUUGGAGAUCUGCAAAGGGCCCGACACCACGGUUCCACUGCUCGCAACCUCAACAUCGCCGCCACCGUCCUGGUUGGCCUCACUGUCCUGAUUCUCAUUAUUAUAUUCAGCAUCAUUUCUGCACAGGAAAAUUAUUACUACAACAGAUACAGUUCAUAUGACAGCAGUUACAAUUAUAAUUACAGAGGAUAA